UACACUUCUGCUGGCUGCCAGCAUGCUGGUGUCAGUGUACUGCCCUCUUAGGAAAAAAACGUUCAACGGUGGUCCUUCGUUGGUCUAAUACUUUGGAUCAUUGGACCACAGUUGAACGUUUUUUCCUAAGAGGGCAGUGCACUGACACCAGCAUGCUGGCAGCCAGCAGAAGUGUAAACGGGGCAUCAAGGCUUGAAUUGUCUCUGGCUUGUCCACAUAGCACUUAUCUUUGACAGCCCCCCUCAAAGAUAUUAGUCCUACGGCGUCAAAUCACAGCUCCGAGGCGGCCGAACGACAUCCGAAUUUCGACUGAUAAUUCGAUCUUCGAAGACUGUGCGCAGAAGAUCGAUCGUAGCGUUGGCUGUGUGGCACGGAGCGCCGUCUUGUUGGAAACAAAUGGUGUCCAAGUCUUCCUCUUCAAGUAACGGGAAGAAUCAAUCGCUAAUCAUGGCUCGGCAACGGUCGCCAUUGACCGUGGCGACGGCUCCUGCCUCAUUUUCGAAAAAAAAUGGCCCAAUGAUGCCGCCAGACCAAAAUUCGCACCAAACCGUCACUCUCUGAAGAUGCAUCGGCUUCUCCAUGAUAACGUGCGGGUUUUCCGUCCCCCAGAUGCGACAAUUUUGCUUAUUAACAUACCCGCCGAGAUCAAAAUGUGCCUCAUCCGAGAAGAUGAUUUUUUGGCAAGAAUCGGCGUCUUCUUCGAGCUGAUCGCAAGCCCAGUUGGCACUGUUUUCACGCGUUUCUCAAGCGUAUACACAACCAUUUUCGUUCAGCGGAAGGAUGACACUAAGUUUCUGUUAAUUCAGAAGUGACAUUAAGGUUACCAAUGUCGAAAUAACCGUUAGUUCAAAAAAAAACGAGAACGCUGGUCUUACAAGUCAGUUGUCGUAUGUUCGAGCCCCGACCUGGAAGGAUUCUUAUGUCGUUUUUCAUUGAGAACACUCGUGGAGUGUUUUGCUCGAUUCGUGCACUUUUCGUGCAGUCGGGCAAUCAAAACAGGUGCACUGUGUUUCAUUAGCGGCCCUUACACGAUCAUUAAAAGUGUCAUUACUAAAAAGUAAUGACACUUUAAAUGAUCGUGUAAGGUCUACGAGUUCAGUAAUGACACGAGUAAUGAUGGAAUUCCGGAUUUUCCAUCAUUACCAACAUUAUUUCUUCUUCUUAUAUUUUUGUGGAAGUGCUGAAUGUCUUUAGAACUAUACGCGAAAAAAUGACAAAGCGAUUUAAAUUGUUAAUAUUUCAUUAACCUUAACGUUUCAAUGGCAAAUCAAAUUUAUUUUCAGCUAAACGAAAAUAAAAGUAUUGCUAUUGCUAUUGCUGGAGUAGUUACAAACACUCAUCAUUAAUAAUGAACGUGUAAUGCUAAAAAGUAAUGAUGUACAGUAAUGCAGUAAUGACGAGCGUUUGAGCAGAAGUGUCAUUACUUAGUAAUGACACUUUUAAUGAUCGUGUAAGGGCCGCUAUUGAUUUGCACCGCACGAAAAAAAUGCACUUUCGGGGCAAUUCGCGGGCAACUAUUUUGCACCCGUUUUAUUUUCCGAGCAGCAAGCGUGCGAACUAAUACCAACGAAUAUAAACAUAAACGUCAAAACAACGAUUCGUAAAUAUUUAAUUUUUUUUAUACUGUGCGCUAUGGAUCUUGAAAAUUCGAUCUCUAUUCUUUUGGAAUCAUUCAGUUCCGACGAGACCUCGUCAAGCUCUUUUGCAUCUACUUCGUCUGAGGAUUUUAUUUCGGAGGUUGAUGAGUGGUUUGAAGAACACCUCGUCAAAAAUAAAAGAAGAAAGGUUGAAGAUUUUGUUCAUGAUGUGGUUCACAACUAUUCGGAUCUCGCGUUUAAGUCCCACUUCCGUCUCACACGAGCCGCUGUGUAUGGAAUGAUAGAGGAGUUCGCGUCUUCGCGAUUUUUCAAAACGAAAAAAUUUGGAGGACGGCAUGUGGUUCCUGCUGAGACGCAAAUACUGAGUUUUUUAUGGUUUGCGGCCAACAAGGACUCCUAUAGAGAAGUGGGGAAUUUAUUUAACAUUGCCCAAUCAACCAUAUACAGGACAUUUGGGUACAUUAUGGAGUUUGUAUUUGACAUUGCGCCACGUUACAUUAAAUUCCCGAAUACUGAUGUUGAAAAAUUGCAAGCUGCAGAAAGCUUUAGACAGAUUGCUCAGUUCCCAAAUGUUCUGGGAUGCGUUGAUGGAUGUUACAUUCCCAUCAGAAAGCCAGCUCGUAAAAUGGCUCAUACCUAUGUAAAUAGACAUGACCAACUUUCGAUAACAUUGCAAGGUAUAUGCGAUGCUAAAAAAAAAUUUAUUGAUGUGGAUGUUGGCUGUUCCAGUCGAAUGCACGAUGCUCGAAUUUUCGAAAACUCUUUUAUAAGCGAAAAACUACCACAAAUUUGUGGUCAGCAGUUCCACAUCCUAGGUGACGCUGCAUAUCCCCUGCGCGAGUAUCUAUUAGUUCCAUUCAAAGAUUAUGGAAAUCUUAGUGCUGUUCAAAAAAAUUAUAAUUUGAAAUUUACCCAAACACGUGUCACUGUAGAAAAUUCUUUCGGUUUACUUAAGACACGAUUCAGACAAUUAAUGCGGCUUGAUUUUCAUUCUGUAGAAAGAAUGGCUCUGUUUGUACUUGCUUGUUGUGUUUUGCACAAUAUGUGCACAGAUGAAAAUAUUGUUCCUGAUGCUGAGAAUCUGUUACAAGAGAACAUACGUAACGAUAGUCAGCCAGUUAUAAUGGAAAGAUCUCGUCGAAUGGACAUUCGUUCAGCGGCUCUUCGAAGACUGGGAGAGAUUAAACGGAUCGAAAUUGCCAACACGUUUUGAUAUGUAAUCUAUUGCAUCUGUUUAUUAAAACAUUUAUUUAAAAAAGCAUAUUUAAUCCAUCUCGUUGUGUAAUACCAAUAACAUCUCAUAAACUUAUAUAAUUCUUAUAAAUUUCUCUUCAAAGAAAUCGUUCUUCAAUCCGAACAACAGAAAUCAUCUUCGAUUGCAUCAAAUAGAAAUAAUUAUCAGUAUUUUUCAUAGCUAAUUUGUAUUGACAAUAUUUAUUAUAGCAGUAGUCAUAAUUUUUAGUUUGUCUUAAAAUUUGGUCAAUUUAAAGAGCAGAACUGGUGCUUUUCAGCUGGUUCAAUUUUUCCAAAAUUAUUUCUUUAAGCGCUAUAUUUUUCUGCAACAAAACAAGUUUUGCUUGGUGCAUUUCCAUUUUCUCCUUGUGCCUCCUUUCUCUUGAUUCCAGUUGCUCGCGGUGCAUUUUUUCUUUUGCUUUAAUUAACUCGCUGACGAAUGAGGACUUCGAGCCAUGUCCGCUUCUGUAUCCUUUGGAAGAAGUUGAUUUCUGUUCUUGUGGGGACGUUUCUGGAGUCGGUUGCUUUCUUGCGAUUCGAUCCUGGCUCAGAUGCACGUCUGGAACGAUAGAAUCGUCUGCUCGGAUAAUCGCUGCCAUUUCGGACUCAUAAGGGUCGAUGGAUCGUUGAGUUCCGCUGGUUCGAUUAUUCGAUAUGAUGCUUUUUGUUCGUUUGAGUACCGUUUUAUAACGGUUCUCAGCCUGUGAACCGUUGUAACUGGAAUUGAACGUUCUAUUCACUUCAACCGCCAGAGCAUUCCACAUCUCCUUCUUUUUUCUAUAUUUUUUCAUCGGUCCUACGUUUGAUAUAGCAUUGCUGUAUGCUUCCAGCAAGUAUUUUGUAGCUUCAUCGUGUAAGUUGGGUGUGUUGUAUGGUAUGUUUAUUAUACUAGGUUGUAUUGUAUACAAAGGUAAAGAACAAGACAAUGUAAUAGAUAGGUCAAUCAAUACAAGUUACGACAAUACGUUACAUCUUCCUGGUUUAGUAAUAUUCGAAUUCAUUUACUCUCAAAGGUUUCACUGUACGUCCCGAACGAGUUACUGUUGGCGUCACUGUUUCAUCUUCCCUGGAACUACCGUUGAACUGGAGCGAUGAACCUGGAUCCUUAUUGAUACUGAUUUCGGCUGCUACUAUACUUCGAUUUGCGUCGUGGUCCUUACCCGAUGGUUGUACAAUUCCUUGUAAAGUAUCCUCAAACUGAUCAUUCUCACGUAAUUUGCGCAAGUGAUGAACAUUCCUCCUUAAGGUUCUCUCUCCGUCAGUUACUAAGUACGAACGAUUUGCAUCAAGUUGCUUCACUAUAGUUCCAGGUGUCCAUCUUCGCGACGAUUGAUCCUGUAUAAGAACAUUUUCGUGUUCAGCAAACUGUUGUGGUUGUAUGCUUCCUCUGUCCGCGAAAUCUUUCUGAAUCACUCGUUCACGCUCUAAGAGUUGUUGCACGUUUACCGCAACCCUGGGUCUCAGUGCUUCCAAUGUCAUCGGCAUAUUCGAUCGUACCAGACGACCCAUAAGUCUUUCGUUAGGUGAUGGUAUCGAGUUGCUGCGCGGUGUAUUCCGUAUGUGGAGUAACGCUAGACUAAUAUCCGAUUGAUCAUCAUUGCACUUCUUAAGCAUUGAUUUAGCGAUCUGUACAUAUCGUUCAGCUAAUCCGUUAGCUCUCGGAAAAUGAGGACUAGAAGUUUGAUGAUCAAACCCCCAUUUACGACUAAAUUCACGAAAAUCCAUAGAAACAUACUGCGGACCGUUGUCUGUCUCUAAUACUUGGGGAAUACCGUGUACCGAGAACCAUUCUUUCAGUUGCUUAAUGAUGGUUUUAGAUGUCGUUUCUUGCAUUUGUUUGAUGUCAAAAAAUCCCGAAUAACUAUCAACAAGUAAUAAAUAUUCAUUGCCUUUAAAAUGAAAUAGAUCUGAUGCCACUCUUUCAAACGGAAGACCAGGAAUAUCCUUAAGAAGAAUAGUACUUUUUACAUUAUUCCGCUGAUGACGUUGACAAAUCAAACACGCCUCCACCAUUUCCUGAAUGUCAUUACCCAUGCCUAUCCAGAACAGAACCUGUCUCGCUCUUCGAAUGCAGCUCUGUAUUCCUGCAUGACCACUAUGCACCUUUGUAAGCAUAUUCUUCCGCAUCAGUUGUGGAACGAGUAUUUGAUUCGAUUUGAAUAUCAAUCCAUCGUAGACAGCCAACUCAUCUCGAAAACUCCAGUAUUUUCGUAAUUCCGGCAGUAGUUCAAUCUUUGUUUCUGGCCAACCUCGCAUAAUUACUGAUUUCAACGUCUGCAUCUCUGAAUCCAUUUCGGUAUGCUGCUUCAGCUCUUCGCUUGCGGCUUUGGUUACCUGUAAUACCAUAUGAACUUCUAAUUGAUCAUCUUCGUUUUUUGUUGUAGUAUUAUCGACAUCACGACUUAAAAUGUCAGGAAUAGGAAUAUUUGUUCCCUUCACAUACACGACUUUGGGAUUAUAUUGGGCUACUUCCAAUCUAAUUCUACGUAGACGGGGAGGAGCUCGAUCAAGCGGUUUUCGAAAUAUUGAUUCAAGUGGCUUAUGAUCGGUUUCAAUAGUAAGAUUUUUACCGUAUAUGUAUUGAUGGAAUUUCGAACAAGCGAACCGAAUUGCUGUAGCCUCCUUCUCAAUUUGGGGGUAAUUUAGCUCUGAUGAUGUCAAAGCCUUAGAUGCGUAUGCUACUGGGCGAUUUUGUUGUAAUAAAACAGCUCCUAAGGCAUGAGAACUCGCAUCUACUGAGAGUGUUACAGGCAAAUUCACAUCAUAGUACCUAAGUAUGGGAGGUGAUUGCAUGAGAGUUUUUAUUUUCUGAAACGAAUCUUCUUGCUCACUACCCCAUUGCCAAUCAACAUCCUUAACCAAAAGGCUUCUCAACGGAACUGUUACGUCAGACAAAUUGGGUACAAACUUUCCCAUGUAUGUUAUCAUUCCCAGUGCCCUUUGUAGUUCAGAUUUGUUUGAGGGUGUUUUAAGUUUUACGAUGGCUUCCAGUUUUUCAGGAUCAGCUUUCAAACCUCCGCUUGUUAAGAUAUGACCAAGAAAUUUUACACUGCUUUGAUUGAACAAGCAUUUGUCUUUGUUCAGUUUCAAUCCUGCGGCAUGGAGCCUGUUUACAACUUGUUGUGUAAUGUUUGCCAGUUUUACAGUACUUUCUGCGUGAAUUAGAAUAUCAUCCAUCGAGAACUCCACUCCUUCAAUUCCCUCAAGUGUGUCGUGCAUCACUUUUUGAAGCACCUCUGGAGCCGAUGCCAGUCCAAAGGGAAGCCGUUUACAGACAUAUCUACCCCAAGGUGUACCAAAAGCCAAAAAUUUAGAUGUUCUUUCUGUAACCCUGAUUUGCCAGAAACCCUUUUUACAGUCCAGAAUUGUAAAAUACUUUGAAUUUUUUAGUCGGGCUGCUAUCUCCUCCAUAGUAGAGAGAGGGUGGUGCCGUCUUAAUAAAUUAUCAUUUACCUGUGACGGGUCGAUGCAGAUACGUAUCUUAUCUUUUCGUUUCACUAAUACCAUUGCGUUCACCACCGGGGUAGGUGCAUGAACUUUUUCAAUCACUCCGAGACGUUCCAUCGAUUUUAAUUCCUUUUUCACGGCUUCUCUGAUUCUUCUCUGUGAGGUACGUGACGGGCCGGUCUCGCUUCCCAUUGAGGGUUUGAAAUCAGAUCAAUGUCAUACACAUAGUUCUUCAGACAGCCUAAUCCUUCAUACACUGAAUCAUCAAACUCUUGCACAGUAUUCACUCGAGUUAUCAACUGUUGAGCAAUACAUGUUUCUUUGCCAAGCACUGGCACCACAGGCUCUGCAACUACUUUAAACGUGAUAUUAUCAUUCCUGUUUUUAAUUUGACAUACUGGGUUAAUUUCACCGAGUACUUUCAAUCGGUGAUUUGAAAACGAUACGAGAUAUUUCGUUUUAGAUGCACUUAAUUUGAUUCCUAGUUGUUUAACUAAAUAUAGAGGAACAACAUUGCAGUGGGCGCCUGAGUCAAGCUUUACCGAAAAUUUUUUAUUGUUUAUUUUCACCACUUCAAACCAAUCCUUUUCCUUCCCCGAAUUUUCCACCAAUCCAAUAAACAACUCAUCCGAAUCUUCGUCGGUUUCUUGCUCAUUAUCCUGUGAUGCUUGUACAGCAUGUACAACACCUUUCGAUUUGCACAUAGCAGCAAAGUGAUUAGACAGUCCACAUUUGCGACACGCUCUACCGAAUGCCGGACAAGAACGUUUUUCGUGUUUUCUUCCACACUUUCUACAUUGGAAUACCUCUUCCUUAUCUUCUGCACGUACACCAGUCAUUUUUUUCUUUACAGUUUUAACCGCAUCCACAUUAGCUUCUCCAGACAAUGCCUUCGUUUGAAUUGUCGUCAAUUCGAAAUUACGACACAAUUCGAUUGUUUUUUGUAACGUUAAAUCGUCGUUUAAUAGCUGUGGCACUAACGCUGUAUACCGUAUUCCGAUUAUUAUUCGGUCUUUGACGAGCGAAUCAUGUAGUACACUAAAUGAGCACUUUUUUGCUUGCUCUUUCACACGGGUGACGAAACUGUCAAAUUGCUCAUCUUCACGUUGAAUGAUUUGAUUAAAAUUAUACCGUUCAAACGUAAUGCAUGAUUUUGGUGUAAAGUAUUCGUCGAAUUUUGCCCUAAUUACAUCAAUAUUGUUUUCAUCAUCUGGGCGUAGACCGAAGGUAUCAUGAUUCCGAACACAAUCUUCUCCGAUGGCGCUCAUGAACGUUGCCGCCUGCACUUCAUCGGACUUUUCUGUCAGUUGCGUUGCUGUCGAAAACCAUGUAUAUUGUCGAACCCAGCUUUUCCAUUGAGCUGCCAUAUUUUCUCCUAAUACUAUUGGUUUCGGCGGCUUCAAUCCCGUAGACGACGCCAUGUUGUCGGAUCACGAUAGAUCUCGUUUUUAUUUCACUAAAUUAACGCUUUGUCAUACGAUGUCACUCGCUACUUCAGUUUGCACUGAACAAUGAGUUUCUAAUAAGUGCUUCUAGCUAUCUCAAGCCGGUAUUUCCUCACGAAAACUAUGUUAAAAUUGGAUGAAUUUCGCGAGCGUACUUAUUUCUGACACCAUGUAAGUUGGGUGUGUUGUAUGGUAUGUUUAUUAUACUAGGUUGUAUUGUAUACAAAGGUAAAGAACAAGACAAUGUAAUAGAUAGGUCAAUCAAUACAAGUUACGACAAUACGUUACACAUCGUACCACGAACAGUUUGUUGUUCCUGUGAGAACUUGAGGGGAGGUCUCAGUAUUUGGUAUACCAGAAUUUUCCAUAACUUCAUCAUCAUUAGGAUCAGUAUGAGAUGAAAUUCCGAAAUGCGAAGCAACGAGCUUCCGUUUUAUACUCGAAAUUUCAUCGCUAAAUGAUCAAAUCAACAUUCUAUCAUCAAUAAAGUCUAUAUAUAAUGUGCUUAACUUUACCUCGUUUUAUGUUGUAUGAAAACGUUUUCGUUUUCAACCAACAACUCAUUGGGCGACUUGUAGAUAAGCUCGUAUUCUUGAAGAUUAAUUUCGGCCAUUUCAAUUUUGAUAGCGAAUGAAAACAACUAAAAGGGAUAAAAUGUCAAACUUGUAAAAUAUCAAAGCAGGCCGUAUCGUAGCUAGAGUACACACACAUUCAAACGAAAUCUCGAGUGCUCAAAACCGUUUUAUUGAUCAAGUUUCAGUGCAAAACACUGGCUCCGAACGAGUGUUCUCAAUGAAAAACGACAUUAGUGUCAGUAGGAUCCAUAGUACUAGCCAUGCAAUGAUUCUGUACGCUAAGAAUCGGCUGCGAAGUCUGUUGAAACAGAAAGGCCAAAUUCCACAAAAGGAAUGUAAUGCCAAGACUUUGCUUUCAAAAAAAAAAGUUGGAUGGCGGACCUGUACAAAACAUGAUAAUCAGUUUUGCUUAGUGGGUUAGUUUGUUCCAAACGACAUUUUGAUAAAAACAACAAAUAUUGUAGCUGUGCGUUCUUGUCAAUUUCUUGACAAACAAUUUCACAGUAAAUUUAAUUUGAAAAUUUUAAAUUUAAAUGAACUUUAGAUAAAGUUAAGAAUUGUUGCGUUUUGAAUUCUCAAACUUUUUAAUUGAAAUAAAUUACCAUAAAUUUAGCUACUCCAACUAACGCUUUUGUUUGUUCGAAAUCAUACAUAUUUGUUUGUUUUUAAGAAUAAUAUAAUUUUUUUCAAACUAAUUUACAAGGUAAUAUUUUAUACUACUUUCAUUUAGAUUUAUAUUCGUUUAAAAAUUCCUAAAAAAAAACAAUUAUUUUUAGUUUUGAUUUUUUCAAACAUUUAGCCGUUUUGUCAUUACCAUUGCUAGACAUCGAAUUAUUCACAUACCACAAUCAAGCCCUGGUUUAAUUUUUGUAGCAUCCAACGAUUCGAUGCACCAUCAGUCCGGUCAAGAUAGAGAUCCUACAUUAAAUAUACUUUGUAAAGAAAAUGUGUUAUGUAAUGUUAUGCAUUUUUCUAAGAUAUUGUUAAUGAUCAAUACAUACACUUGAAAUGUUGAAAACCCCAUAGGAAAUGAAAGAAGCCGAUGAAAUUUUACUUAUAAAACGCGUACAAACUUUAUUCGCGGAAGAAAAAAAUGCUUUGGUUUAUUAGCGCGAGAAAAAAAUUUUCUGGUUUAUAAGAAAUAAAACUAAUACGGUUGAUUCAAACAGUAAACUUAGUUGUGUCAUUACACAAAUAAGAUCACAGAUAAAUUGAACCAAUUUUUUUCUUGAUAUGAAGAUAUACCAGGAUUGAAUCAACAAGGACAUUGCCGAUAACAUUUACCUAUCUUCGGUUGACAUGUAAUAAAUAGUUUAUUUCAACAAUAAACUCAACCGGAACAAAUAUAUUUUGGCAAGACCAAAAUUUUAAUUCAAAUCAAACAAAGAUAAUUGUUUUUGUUGAAGAGAGUAAUUGAUUUGUAACAAUCAUAUUCUAGCUUGAAAUGAAAAUAAAUAAAAUUCAAAAAUCUGUUUUGUUAUUAGAAACACGCUCAAUUUCUCUGUAUGUGCAAUUUUCAAACGGAAGAAUAAUUCAUAAUUAUUUGAUUCAAAGGAAAUCUAUCAUUCCAAAUUUUACACAACCAGCAAACAAUUUUCUCGGUAUUUUUUGCACUUAGGAUUCAAACGUAGUGAGACACAAUUAGUUUCGAUUAUUUCGUAUCAAUUAUUAGCCAUGUUACAUUCUACUUGAUGAGAGAUAUUAGAAAUAGUUAUACCGUGAAAAUGAAAGCAUAAACUAUCGAAAAAAUUGAACGGUAAGCCAGAUUUAGAUUGAAAAAGAUUGCAAAGGCAACAUCUCACUUUUGCCACCCGCCGGGCCUUCGUAGCCUGGGGGUGUUUCCCGCGGACCCUCACGGACCGAAGAAUGCGGCCAACAUAGAAAAUUACCAUCGCCAUCUGGAAUCAUCUCAUCCUAAAUUCAAUUCACCGGCCACUACCGAUCGCCAGAUACUAUAUUACAUAAUGAUACUACUCUAGUUUUAAGUUAGACGAUAAUUAAGAUUAGUAAAUACCCUUGGCAUCUUAGAGCUUAAGCAGUGUGCCUUAAUAUUAUAUUAUAUUAUUGAAUAAAAAAAAAAUCUCACUUUUGGAAGGUUGGAUUUUUUUUUCAUAUAAGAUCAAGAUGGUAAUAUAUGAGGCGAUCUGAAAUUAUUGAUGGAAACCUAUCAAACGAAAAAUUAUUAAUUUUAUAUGGGGAGACAUCAUUGCGCACCGCACAAACUAUAAAUAAACGGUGCCAUUCAAUCGAGUAACAUCUGAGUACGGUUUCAAUCUUUCAAAAUGCACAUGAAAAGACAAUGUUUUACUUAGUGUUAGAACAUAUGUAAAUAAACAGACAUUCAUUGUUAUGUCACAUGAUAUAUUUAACAUUUGAUUCUACCAGAAACGGCAAACGAUACUACAACUCAAAAUAUUGGACAUGGUGUUUGCCGUUUGGGCCAAGUAUAUUCCAAAAAAAAACCUUAUCAUUGCAUAGAUAUACGUGGUUCUGAAUUACCAGUGUUCAAUUGGUCGUCUGGUAUGGGAUGUACGUAACAUGUAAGUCAAAGCGUAACGAUUCAGAAUUUUGUAUGUUAUUCAGCAGUUUUGUUGUUACGGCAUUAACUUCUCAUGCAAUCCUAUAUAACUAAAGUGUUUUACAUGAUUAAGGGUCUUAAACGGAAACCAAACAAAAACAAACAAACAAAAAAUAACACGAAGGAAAAUCAUGACAUAUGUUUAACAAUGAUAUAUUUGUUCUAUUACUUUCUCAUGA